AUGAUCAAUAGUGAAAACGGAACGAUUUCAUCGUCUCCAUGGUGUUCAAUAACACCCUCAAUGCGCUCAAUAUCCAGUUUGAGCUCCUCGGGAACGUUGAGAAAAAGCAUAGGAAGUCUUGAAAAAGUGAAUCAACUUCGGCCGGAUGAUCGAACCUUGGACGAAUUAUUUCAAAAAACAUUGGCAACAAUGGAUUUACCGCCAGAUAAAGUCAAAAUGUUGCGCGAUUUCCCGUCCGAUAAAAAAUGGGAUAUUAUACGAGAUCGAGAUCAAGUUAUUGCUAAACAUCCACCUCAGUAUUAUAUUGACGGCUUGAAAACAUAUAUUCGCGGUGCUAAUCUCGUACCCAAAGCUCUAACUCUGAAAAAGAAACAUCCAAUUGAACCAUCUACUCAAUUACUUUCAAGUUUAGAAAUUUCCUUACGUACGAACAGCAUCGGAUGGGUACACGAGUUCCUCAAUAAAAAUAGCAAUGGUUUGGACGUUUUACUUGAUUAUUUGAAAACGUCGUUAGAAGUAAUGCGGGAAGUGGAUAGUACGAAUGAAAGCGAUGUUCUAUCGAAUUCACAUGGAACUCAUCGUUUACUAUCGAAUUCUUUGUUAAAUAAUGGAAAUUCGAAUUAUCCGGAUGAAAACUCAACUUUGAAACGUGCACAAUUCGGCCGAUCGGAUGCAAGACGUUUAUAUCGAAAAAUAAAAAAAUAUCAAAUCGGUGAAGCUACCGACGAUGUUCGCCUAUGUAUCAUGUGUUUGAGAGCAAUUAUGAAUAAUCAGAAUGGCUUCAAUCUUGUUAUUCAACAUCCCUCUGCUCUCAAUUAUAUUACUCUCAGUUUACAGCACAAAAACUAUCGGUGCAAAGCGCUUAUUUUGGAGUUGCUUGCUGCUGUGUGUUUAGUUGAACUAGGACACGAUGUGGUCUUAGCUGCGUUUGAUAAUUUUCGAAUUGUAUGUCAAGAGAGACAUCGUUUUGAAACUGUGAUGAAAUCAUUUACUCAACCAUUAGAAUUUAAUGUUGAUUAUAUGAUUGCCUGUAUGCAAUUCAUCAACAUUAUUGUUCAUUCGGUUCAAGAGAUGAAUUAUCGAGUGUAUCUCCAAGAAGAAUUCAAAAUACUCGGACUUGAUGAAUGUCUUAAAAGAUAUUUGGAAAUUCACAGCGAAUGUGAUCUAUUUAUCUUGCAAAUUCAUGCUUUUCUGGAUAAUUACUUUGAUGUUGGGCAAUUAUUAGAAGAUUCCGAGACCAAACAACAAGCGAUUACAAAAGUAUCGGAGUUAGAAGAACAGUUGGGAGUGGCGAAUGAAAGGGUACAGGAAUUGGAAAGUGGUAGUUGUAGCAAAAUGGCGGAAUUGCAAAAAGCAUUAAGUUGUGCUGAAGAACAGAUAGAAAAUGUCAAGAAGGAACGCGAUGAUAUGUCACACACAUUGAGUACUUUGCGACGAAGUCAACAUGAUCGAGGAUCACCGAAUAGUUCGACAUCGUCCAUCUCUUCAGCUCCUCCUGGUGCACCAACAAGCGUUUCAAAUGCUGCUUCAAAUAUUCCUCCCGCUCCGCCACUUCCACCUCCAAAUUUUAUUCCACCGCCUCCGCCUCCUGGUCCGCCUCCGCCAAUUUUUGGUGUUCCACCGCCACCACCGGGUAUGCUUGAACCUCUUCCUGGUUCGAUGACUAUUAAGAAAAAGAUUGCAACGAAAUAUAAACUACCUAAUCUCAAUUGGACAUCAUUAAAACCUGGUCAAGUUCGUGGCACGGUGUUCUCGGAACUCGAUGAUGAAAAAUACUUCAAAUUAAUUGAUUUCGAAACGUUCGAGGAGCUAUUCAAGACAGGAUCGGGUUUGCCAGUUAGCCAAACCAAUGUCAGUCCACACUCGAAACAGAAGUUUAUCAAAGUUCCAGAAAGUUUAACCUUGCUCGAUCCACAACGACAAAGAAACCUGGGUACAGUCUACAAACUCAUAGAGGAAAAUCUUAUUGAUCUUUUUCUUCAUAAAGGUAUUGCUCGACGAAAACUUGAUAUGAAUGUAAAUACCAUCGCUCGAGGAUUGAAUAAUCUUGAUCUACGAAUUUUAACUGCUGAUACGAUUGAUAUCUUACAACAUUUCAUUCCAACUGAAACAGAGAUAAAAGCAUUUACAUCGUAUUUAGCAGAUGGUAAACAGCUGUCCAAUCUAUCUGAUGAAGAUCGUUUUCUUUAUGGGCUUUCUAAAAUCGAACGAUUAGCCCAGAAAUUGAACGUCAUUUCUUUCAUGGCUAAUUUCAAUGAAAUCAAUCAAAACUUGAUUCCACAACUGAAAGCUGUGAUUACAGCAUCAUCAUCGUUGAAGAGCAAUUCGAAAUUCAAAAAACUUCUCGAAAUCGUCCUUGCUUUUGGUAAUUAUAUGAACAGUAGUAAACGUGGACCGGUUUAUGGUUUUAAAUUAGCAAGUCUCGAAAUCUUGACAGAUACACGGACACAUGAUAAGCGUUUAACAUUACUUCAUUUUAUUGUUCAAACCAUCGAAGAACGUUUUCCGGAUAUAAGCCGUUUUGAUGCAGAUCUAGCUGCAGUGGAGAAAGCUGCACAAGUUUCAUUGGAGAAUAUUCAAAUUGACGUUCAAGAUUUAACACGUGGCUUGGAGAAUACAAAGAAAGAACUUGUCAUUCGACAAACAAUGAAGAAUAUCGAAACACGACCAUUGGAAGAAUUUGUUGGUGUGGCUCAAGACAAAAUUGAUCGCUUAGUGAAAGAUGCGAAACUAGCGCAGGAUGCGUUUAAUCAGUGCGUUGAAUAUUUCGGUGAAGCACCACGUACGCAGACUCCCUCGAACUUUUUUUCAAUAUUUGUCAAAUUUCAAAGAGCAUAUCAACAAGCACGCCACGAAAAUGAAGAGCGAAAACGUCUGGCUCGUGAAGCCGCUGCUACACUCGAAAGGCCGAAUAAACGUCAAAUAACUAAACGUUCACAGGAGGAAUUAUUGAACGAAUUAAAAGGUCGAAAAGAAGCGAUUAAAGAUCAGAAAUUAAUCAAACGUGAAGCACUAACCGAUGGCACAAUCGAAACUCUACUAGACGAUCUGAAGAAGACGCCGUAUUUGCGUGCCGAUGCUGCCCGUCGCAAUCGUCGUAAAACUCAAGAACUGAUGAAACAAAUCAGUCGUGAUGUUCUCGCCGGAGUUACAAACGGCGUGCCCAAUGGUGCUCCAACUGAAGUACACUUUUAA